ACGACGGACGCGUUCGCUUAAGCAACAGCAACGUUCGGCCAUCAGUUGCUCGUCACAUGUUCGACACUCAAGUAGAGAAGAGACACCGACACCUCAAGAAAUUGAAAUUGAAAUAGAAAGAAAUCGUGCAGAAAAUUGAAACCAACGAUCUUUUCUGUGACUCCACUGACCAACAUAACAACAAAGACAAACCGAUAGCAACGAUAAGUUUUGAAAGUGAGUGCUAAAAGUAUUGACGAGUUUUCUUAUUAAAAACGUUAAGUCUACUUUAGUUGCCAACGCGCCGUUUGCCGCCCACAACAUUCUCGAAACUUUUAGCAACGUGCUUUUUAUAUUUUCUUUUCAUCCACGCGUGUGUUGUGUUUCUUCUUCGUGUGUGAAAUACGCAAUAAAAAAUAAAAGGAAACGGAAAGCAUAAUUAUUAAGCACAUAGCAAUUAGGGUUUUAAAUGUCAGUCAGUAGUGUAGUGUAGCAAAAAAAAGAAAAGAAAGAAAAAAUAAAAGAACAAAAAAACAAACGCCUGCAGUCAGCUCGGGUUGUUGGAUCACGUUCACGUAAUAUAUAAACCAAAAACAACAACAAAUUAACCAUCCUACUUGCGGGUGGUUCACAACAACAACAACGACAACAACAUCAACAUAUUGAGCUUUCUUUGAACGCUGCAGUUUUGCCUUAGUUCUCUUUCUCUCACCUAUCCUACUGCUGUCAAUUUGCUGAUUUUCUGCUGCUGAUUUAUUUUAAUGCAACAAACUGUUUGUGUAUUCACAACUUUUUUUUAAUCGUGUGAACGUUACUAAUCACGUCAAAACGGAAUACGUGUCGCGCACGGAUAACGGAUAACGCGUUACAUACUCCCACUAUCGCCAACUUUCUUCGUUUGCCUUCCUUUGGUUCGUUCGUCCUUGUUUGUGGCCGUCAAUCUCUUACGCUCUCUUUGACUAGCAUACAUAUCUCUCUCUGUGUGUACGUGUUGAAAAGAAAGCAAAGCGACAUUGCGUCUCUUUUUUAUUGCGAUCAUUCGUAUUAUGGCCGUUUAAGCACGAGUUAUCACUCCAAUUCCCCAGCAAACAACAGGGCAAACAUUUAGAUGAGAAGACGCAGUUAAAAAGUGUAUGCACAAAAUAAAACGUCAGUGAGCCAGCAAAAAAAAAAAAUAACAAAACCAGCCAACAAUCACAGCAACAAUAACAACAACAAUAUCAACAACGACUACGAAAACAACAAUAAGAUAUUAAUGAAUUUUGUGAUUAUAAAUAUUUCAAAAGUACAACAAAAGCUCAUUUAAUAAAAACAACAACCAAAAACAACAAAAAAUCGCGUCGAUCACGACGGCAAAACCCCAAAAAAUAUAUAUAAAAUCAAAUCAAAGCGACAAAAACAAAAAUAACAACAAAAAAGAACGCACAACAACAAACGUGGCAAUAACUAAAACAGAAAGCUUUCGGCAAAGCGGCAACAACAACUACAACUAUAUCAACGAGAGCACAAAACGAAACGUAACGUAACGAAAUAUCAAGUGCAAGUGUCGCUCUCUCGCUGCAAAGCUCUCUCAGCGCUCACAAUUGCUUUGUGUGCUUGAACAAAAAAAAAGAGAGUGUGUGUGUGUUUGAAUGCCGAUAGGCAGCAGCAGAAAAGCAGCGUAGUUAAGCGAAGCAGAGACCAAAGCCAAUUGCGCAUAGAACAAGCACAGCAGCAAAAGCGCAGAGAAGCCGAAAUAAAAAAUAUAUAAAAAAAUAAAACUACAAAAUAAACAAGUGGAAAAUAAUUAACAACAAAACAACAGCAGCAAUAACAACAAAGUGUUGUGAAAAUGGUAAACAAAGCCAAUGGCAAGCAAGCGAAGGCGGACAAGGACAAACCGGCGACGCAGCAGCAACAACAACAACAGCAACAGUUGUUGCCAAGUAACAAGAGCAGCAACAAUCAAAUGAAAACUAAUGAAAAGACCAAAAAUGUAAGCAAUAAAUGCAACAACAAUACCAACAAUAACAACACAGCGCGUCCAAAGAACGUUAGCAAUAAGCAACAACAACAGCAGCAGCAACAACAGCCGCAGCAGCAGCAGCAGCAGCAACAACAACGUAGCAGCAAAAAAGCAAGACCCCAAAGACAGCAGCUCUUCUUUCAGCCAUUAACACGCAGCAACAGCAACAACAACAAUAACUAUAACAACAGCAAGAAUAACAACAACAACAACAGCAAUCAGCAGCAGCUGCAACGUCAAACAUCCACACAAGACAAAAACAAAAGUAACAACAACAAGUUGACGACAACAACAACAACAACAACAUCAGCUGUUAUAUCUACCAACAAUACUGAAAAUGCUGUUAACAAAAUAAAUCCCGCCGAUUUGUUAACAGCCGCUUUGGCCGUACCUUGUGCCAAAUGCUCCAAGCCAUCGAUAUUGCCCUCACUGUUGCCAGCCUCCCCCUCCUCGUCCUCGUCCUCAUCCUUUUCGACCGCCUCUGUCAGCUCGGAGAUGAGCAGCAGCAGCUAUAGCAGCAUUAGCAGCGAUCACAAUCAAUUGGACACCAACAUUAUAUAUACAGGCAAACAAUAUCGCAAAUCUAAGUCCUAUAUGGGUGUCUCACAAUAUGCAAACAACAAAGCAACAGCUGCCAACAACAGCAACAACAACAGCAACAACAACAGCAACAGCAGCAGCAACACCAACAACAGCAACAAUCAUGUGCCUUAUAGAAGAUCGCAGAGCGAUCGCCGCAAUUCCUUUGAUCGCACAUUUGCGGAGCGUAAUCGUGAUUUUGUGCCCAUUGUACAGCCGCUACGUCCCGUUCUCUCCUCAUCGAACAUUGCCGGAGUUAUCGCCAGUGCCAGCAAAUUGACCAUCAUUGAACGUUUCGGCAAAGGACGCGUCGCCUAUCCCAUAAUGCAGUGCGGGACACUAGACGGAGCCGCUGAACCGUUAUUUCAUCAGCAGAGGAACAACAGAAUGGACGUGUAUCAGAUCGAUGAUGGUUUCCACUCGGAUGGAGGAACUGAGACACCGCCGCCGUCGCCAAGUUCAGGAUCCUCGAUAGCCUCGACAUCGGAUCAUGGAUCGUUGGAGAGUGUGGAUACGGGAGGAACACAACGAUUGGCGGUCUUAUCAUUUGAACAGGUGCGAAAGCUACACAAUGUUAUGGACGAGAAGGUGGCAAUUCAUGGGCGUGGCAAUUUCCCCACACUGGAGGUGACACUCAAGGAUCUGGUGAAUUUGGUGCGUCGCAAACUGGAGGCGGAUGUGAACAGUGGAGGAGCUGGUGUCCUGGUCAAGGAUAUACGUUUAAAUGGUGGUGCCGCUAGUCAUGUGCUGGCCAACGAGGAUCAGCCCUAUAAUGAUUUGGAUUUAAUCUUUGCCAUCGAAUUGAGUUCACCGCGUGUCUUUGAUCGUGUCAAGACGGCCGUGCUAAAUACCCUACUCGAUCUAAUGCCCGAAGGUGUUUGCAAGCGUCGCAUCUACACCUGUUCCCUCAAAGAGGCCUAUGUUGGUAAAAUGGUCAAGGUGAAUAAUAAUAAUGAUGGCGAUCGUUGGUCCCUCAUCUCCCUAGGGAAUUCACCGGGUCACAAGAAUGUCGAACUGAAAUUUGUCGAUACAAUGCGUCGGCAAUUUGAAUUCUCUGUCGAUUCAUUCCAAAUAGUAUUGGACUCAUUAUUGUUAUUCUACGAUUGUGCUGCAUUGCCAAUAUCUGAGAAUUUCUAUCCCACUGUGGUGGGUGAAUCGGUAUAUGGAGACUUUCAGGAGGCAUUAUAUCAUUUGCAAAAGAAAUUGAUCUCAACACGACAACCGGAGGAAAUACGUGGCGGUGGAUUAUUGAAAUAUUGUAAUUUAUUAGUACGCAACUAUACGGCUGUUAAUUCACAAUUGAUCAAGACAUUGGAACGUUAUAUGUGCUCACGUUUCUUUAUCGAUUUUCCCGAUAUUAAUACGCAGACCACCAAAUUGGAGGCGUAUUUGCGCAAUCACUUCUGGGGUAUUGAGGAGGAACCGCUGCAAUAUGAGUAUCUGAUGCAUUUAUAUAAUGUUGUUGAAAUGUCCACAGUGUGUCUGAUGGGACACGAGCGUCGGCAGACACUGUUGCUCAUCCAUUCGCUGGCCAAUCAGGUGAAGCAGCAACAGGAGCAUCAGUAUCAGCAACAGCAGCAGCAGCAACAUCAUCAACAUCAGCAACAUCAGCAGCAGCAGCAGCAGCAGCAUCAUCAUCACCACCACCAGCAACAUCAAUACCUACACCAGCAGCAGCAGCAACAUCAACAGCAGCAACACACCAACAACAGCAACUACAAUAGCAUUAGCAACAAUAGAGCAACUGCAACGGAAUUGGAGGAUGAUAAGAAUAUUGAUGAUGAUGAUGAUGAUGAUGUGGCAGCCACAGGCAGCUUGGUGCUGACCCAACAGCAAUUGCAUAUAAACAAUUUGCAAUUUUAUAGUCUGCAGCAGAGACAGCAACAGCAGCAAUACAAACGCAACAGGCAACAGCAGCAACAUAAGCAACAGCAGCAAAAACUUGAGCAACAUCAACAGCAGCAGCAACAACUGCAGAAAAAGCUGCAGCAACAACAGUUGAAACAGCAACAACAACAACAACAACCUGAUGCGCAGAUUUUAGGCACGUACAGUGGGCAAUUUGCAUACUUUUAUCCGUACGAUGGAUCAGCGCCCAAAUUGUUGCUGUUGGGCGAAAACUCAUAUUUAAAUGUGACAAAUCUAUGAAAUGCAAAAUGUUGAAAACUCGUAUAUGAAUAUGUAGUAUUUUGUUUCAUGAAAAUUGUGAAUUUCAAUUUAAACUGAUAAGCGAAAACUCAUAUUUAAAUGUGACAAAUCUAUGAAGAAAUGUACAAAUUUUUGCCACAAAAUAAGUUCAAAACUGUUGUUAAAAUGCAACUAAAGAAGUUCCAACAUAAGAAAUGUACAAACUGUUGUUAAAUUAGCCGCAACAAAUGAAGAUAAAUGUUGUUAACAAAAAUAGACCAUAAAAAUUGCAAAACAGAAGAUGACUGAAGCCGCUAAUAGGAGGAGAAGGAAACUAAGGAAGGAAGAAGGAGGCAUUGAAGAGCAGAAAAAGAAAUCAAACUAAACCCAAGAACAAUUACAACAACACCUCCACUAUGAAGUCUGGAAACAAGCCUACAAAUUUAUAUAAACAUUUAUACAAACAAUACACAUACAUACCAAACAAGACACUAAAAAAUUUUCAAAAUAUUUUCACUUUUGCGCCGCUAAAAAAAAUUAUCUUGUAACGAAAAAAGCAAUUUUUGAAAACUCACUCAAAGAACUCUUGUAUACCAAACAACUUAAAACUUUGCACUUGUACAACUAUAUCUUUUUUUUUUCUUUUUUCAAAAGAAGCCCCUUUCCAUUCCACCCCACCCCCAGCUAUUUAAAAAAAACAUUACACGUUAUACUAUUGAUUUUGUAAUAAAAAAAAAACAUGCAAAAAUUGCGGCGCAAAAAACACACGUAAAACGGAAUUUGUUAUUUCUUUUUUUUUGUAUUCAGUUGUUGUUGAUCGAUUUCAGCUCAGUUGUAAGUCCAGAUACCCCCUUUAAAAAACAACCCCCUACUACUAGUAAAAUCCCUCCAAGACACUAGAAUUUUUGCUCUGAAUUUGUUCGUAUUGCUUUAAGGCAUCGAAAUUCCAAUCAAAUUAUCUACGUACGUAUAUAAAAAAAAAUACAAUAUACUAAAACAACACAAAAAUAAAUAAAAAUACAUGCAUAUAUUUAAAGAAAACUUAAAAAUACUUAUCAAAAAAAAAAAAUAAAAUAAAAUACUAAAACUGAAAAGAAAAAAAAGAUUGAAAGGCAGAAAUUAUGACAUAAUGUAAAUAAUUAAUUAAUUAAUAUUAUAUUAGUCCAAUUUUUAGCUGUCGCAAUUGAAAAAAAGGAAAAAACAACAAGAAAAUACUGUAUUUAUAUUGUAUAUGAUUUAAUUGUAACUGUAACUCUAUAUAGAAAUAACUGUACAAUCAUUAUGUUCGGAAAAACGCAGUGUAGUUGAUUUUUUUUCAAAAAAAUAAAACUGAAACAAAAUGUAUCUCAGCAUAAGACGUUGCUCAAUGGAAAAGCGUUAAAUAUAGAAUGGAAAACUAACAACUGAAAAUGCAAAAUCAAAAUCUCUUACAAAAAAAAAAAAAAACAAAACAUAAAAAUACAGUAAUAAAUAUAUGUAUAAUUUUUUUUACUUGCACAUUUUUUAUAAAGUUGCCGACAGAAAAUGGGGAAAAUUUAAACAAUACAGAAUUUUCCGAGUGUGUUUUCUAAUUAUGCUUGUAAUGUAAAUGUAAAACUGAAAACUGUAGUUCAUAAUCAAAUUGAGAUAAAUAUGUCUAAAUAAUAAAUAUUGUAUCUAGUGAAGUUUAACAGCAGCAACAUGUACACAUGAUUGAUUGAUUGAUUGAUUGAUGCGAUAAAAUGUGUGUGAGAGUGAAUUGAUUGUUUUGUUUGUUCGUUUUGUUUGUUUGUUAAAUCUGCUGGGUGAUAAUUUAUGAAUGAUUCAACUGAUAUACAUAUAACGCAUAUUAUAUAUAUAUACAUACAUACAUCUAUCUAUGCUAUCUAUCUACAAUAUUUAUAAUCGAGAAUGAAUUCUUUAAAAUUCUAUUUAAAUGUAUAUUUAAUUGAAUAAUCAAUGAAAGACAAAUUCAAGUCCAACAACAACAAAUUAUCUAUGUUUCCUGUUAACUCUGUAAACUGUAAAACUGUGUAACUAUAACUUUAACAUUAACAAUAACAUUAUAUGUAACUGUUGACAGCAACUGUUAACUGCUUACACUGUACUGUAAGCCUGACUUUGGCGUUUUACUUUUUUGUGUACUUUUUGAAUUUAGUUUAACAAUAUUGCUAAAGCAAUUGUGUUUUGAAUUUUUGUAUUGUAUUAACUUUAGUUUAAAUAAUGUGACAUAAUAAUGUUUAUAAUGUGUAUAUGUGUGUGUAUACGUAUGUAUACGUAUGUAUGUAUAUUCAAUGUAUUCCAAACCAAAAACAAUCACAAUCAAACAUUUUUGAAACUUUGCUCACAACUGGCUGCAUGAUAUUUUGAUAAAAGAAAUAUACAUAACAAAAAAAAAUAUAUAUAUAUGUAUAUAUAUACAGACAUAUACACAUCUAUAUUACUAGUUAUAUAGGUAUACAUAUAGUAAAAAUAGGGAGAAUGAUUGAAGCUGAUAAAUAGAGCGAAUAGUCUGUAAGUCUGUGUAGAGAAAAGUGGACAUUUUUUGAAACCAUAGCAUGUAAUUUUAAAAUUUAUACAAAAUAAAUCAAAA